AUGAUAUUAUCAUUAAGAAUUGUAUAUUGUUUUCAGAUCGCUUCACUGAUCAUUCGGUCUGAUUCCGAUCAACGGAACAACUAUUUUGGAAGUGGCGUCGCGAGGACACUAACAACCGCCGUGUUAUUUACUGUUGCCAUAAUAUUCGUGUGGGUCCGGUCAGAUCGGCUGACAGCCAAUAAUUCAGAUGAUCUCACGAAUAGCAGUGGACCGGUAGCACGAGACCAUGAACCCGUGUUGGUGACAAACGCAACACGUCAUAUUGUGACUCUGGCAAUUCAAGGACCGACUGAAGAACGAGAGCCGACACACCAUUCGAGUGCCAAACAAUCACUUGUCACUACGCAGUCGCGGAAUGCUGAUGUAUUUCAAAAUGACCGUUUAGAAACCGGACCGUCAAUGUCCGAAAACAGAACUCCGCUGUUUGUCAUACGGGGAAAAUUAAUGAAAAAAAAUCCUUAUACGCCCUAUCGUAGUAGCGACAAUAUCAGCACUGGUAUUGAUGAAAAUCUUAACACUUCCAAUUCUUCGCGAAUUCUUCAUAAAAUGAAUAUCAGGCUAAAUCAUAAGCAAAUAAAUAACUACAAUUAUCCUUUUAUACAAAUAGAUGAACCCAUAGCCAAUAAAGACGUAUUAAAUAAUAAUCAAAAUACAUAUGAUUUAACUUAUGAUGUGGGUGAUAAAGGUCCAGAAGAGAAUAAAAACUCAAUUGACAGAAUUAAUUCGACAACAUUUUCCAAUAAAUUGGGACAAAUUAUUUCAGAAAGAUUGUGGUUAUUGAAAACACCAGAAAGAAGUGGUAGUUUUGAUAAACCACCUUUUGGAUUAAAGACAUAUUACCAGAAUAUAAAACACUUGGAAAACAAGUUUGAGCAUGAUGUAAAUAGAGAUCAUAAGAUUCUGGAAGAACAAUUAAAGCAAUCUUUUCCACUAACAAAAAAGUUUAACAACUUUCAGACCCAUCCGAUUCAAGAUACUCAACAAGACAGUUUAAUUCUUCAAUAUCCAGGUAUAUCUACGAUAGAAAAUAACAUUGGGAGUUCACCGCGGAAGACAACGAUAGAAAUACCAUCAAUGAAUGAAGAAAUCUGGCGAAGAAUUGGUUUAAUGGCUCUUAUUAAACUUGGAUUAGUUAAAAUGAAAACAAUUGGUUUCAUAAAAAUCUUAUUUCUUAUUCUGUUCAAACUUAAAUUUGUCCUCAUAACAUUAUUUUUAAAAUUCAUUAAGCUGUUGAAAUUUGUAAAGUUUUCAAUUUUACAAUUAUUAAUUUUGCCACUUACUGCAAUUAUUUUUUUUAUGACAAUGAAAGCAACCCCGAUGAAUACACCUUUAAACAAUAAUAAUAAUCCGGGUACUAUUCCAACUUUUAAUACACUCAUACCAAAUAAUAUUGAUACAAUACCUUCAGAUAAAACAAUAUUUAUUCCUUCAUUUGAAGAAAUAUUAAUUCCUUCAGUUGAACAAGUAUUAAUUCCUUCAGUUGAACAAGUAUCAUUGCCUCCAAAAGUAGUAUCAAGGCCUUCAAAUGAAGAAACAAUAAUAUUUGUUCCUUCAGGUCAAACAAUAACUGUUCCAGAAAAUACUAAUCUUCUACUUCCUGAAGGAAUACGCAAUCCGAGUCGAUUACCAAUAUCAGUUAUUCCUAAUUCAAAUACUCAAUCUGAUAUUGAUAACAUUAACUUUCGUGGUGGACUGCAGUAUGAGCCAAUAGAAGUUUUAGAUCCUACUUUAGACUUAUUCCAAAAGGAAUUAAAUUCUGAAACAUGUGUCGAAAGAAUUGCUUGUAAAAUUGCCGCAACUGGAAAAACUGGAAUUAUACCUUUGGGGAUGAAUUGGAUCCUACAUCAAGUAUCGAACCCUGUUUCUAAUGAUAAAUUAUUAUAUUAUCUCAAAGCAUACGCUGAUGUAAUUAAUGAAAUUCAAACGAAAUCACCAAAUCCAGAUAAUUGGGAAAAUUGGUGCCUUGAACGUUAUGACUGCAGUAAUACAGAUAAAAAAUAAUAAUAUUUUUGUUUGAUAUUUAUUUUUAAUUUUAAAA